CCAGGUGGUUCGGUGCGUCAUCGAAACUCCCCGCACGUCGGGUGUUUGGCUAUUUAUCGUUUCUCAGCUUCUCCCCCUCUCCUAUUCCUUCAAUUCCUGCUUUUCAUUCAGAUCCUUUUGAUCUUUUCUCUUGUCUUUUAUCGUUUAUCAUUUAUUCGCAAUUAUGGUCCAUCUCGCCAAAGUCAAGAAAGACAAUGAGGUCACCCCCUCUCCUCAUGACAUUGUCCCCAUUGCUCCUCCCGACAGAAAUGACUUCGAUACCAAUGUAUACGGAAGUCACUUUGCCACUGGACAUAUACCUCAGCAUGAAAUGCCAGAGCAAGAGAUGCCCCGCCAGGUCGCCGCUCGGAUGAUCAGGGAUGAGCUGAGUCUGGACGGUAAUCCCAAGCUCAACCUCGCCAGUUUCGUUACCACCUACAUGGAAGAGGAGAUCGAGCAGAUCAUGACCGAGUCCUUCAGCAAAAACUUCAUUGAUUACGAGGAAUAUCCCCACUCCGCCGAGAUCCAGAACCGAUGCGUGAAUAUGAUUGCUAGACUCUUUAACAUUCCCACUGAUGCCUCCGGUGAGAAUGCCAUGGGUACUUCAACCAUUGGGUCUUCCGAGGCUAUCAUGCUGGGAACACUGGCUAUGAAGAAGCGAUGGCAGAACAAGCGCAAGGCUGAGGGCAAGGACUACUCGCGCCCUAACAUUAUUAUGAACAGUGCUGUCCAGGUCUGCUGGGAAAAGGCUGCUCGUUACUUCGAUAUCGAGGAGAAGUACGUCUACUGCACCGAAACUCGAUUCGUAAUCGACCCCAAACAGGCAGUCGAUUUGGUGGAUGAGAACACAAUCGGUAUCUGCGCUAUCUUGGGUACCACCUACACAGGUGAAUACGAGGAUAUCAAGGCGAUCAACGACUUGUUAGUGGAGCGUAACAUCGACUGCCCAAUCCACGUUGAUGCAGCUAGUGGUGGCUUUGUCGCUCCAUUUAUCACCCCUGAUCUUGAGUGGGACUUCCGCCUGGAAAAGGUAGUUUCCGUCAACGUCUCCGGUCACAAGUAUGGUCUGGUCUACCCCGGUGUCGGAUGGGUCAUCUGGCGCUCUCCGGAGUUUUUGCCCCAGGAAUUGGUGUUCAACAUUAAUUACCUUGGAGCCGACCAGGCCAGCUUUACUCUGAACUUCUCCAAGGGUGCUUCUCAUGUUAUUGGGCAGUACUACCAGCUUAUCCGCCUGGGUAAGCACGGUUACCGUGCAAUCAUGUCCAACCUGAUCAGCAUCAGCGACUACAUGUCUUCGGAGUUUGAGAAGAUGGGCAUGGUCAUCUUGAGCGAGACGCAGGGGCGGGGCCUGCCCCUGGUGGCCUGGCGCCUUCCCACAAACAAUGGUCGUGUCUACGAUGAAUUCGCAGUGGCCCACCAGCUACGCGAGCGGGGCUGGAUUGUGCCUGCGUACACUAUGGCACCCAACAGCGAGAAGCUGAAGAUGAUGCGCAUUGUCAUCCGCGAAGACUUCAGCAUGAACCGAUGCGACAGCUUGCUCGAGGACUUUAAACUUGCCAUCCAGACUUUGGAUGCUAUGGACAAGUCUAUGAUUGCCAAAUACAGGACGCAUAUGCAAAACCACCGCAACCACCCUCGGCACCAGUCGCGUGUUCACUCUCACUACCUAGGCGAAAAACACUCGCUGCAGGGCAAGAGUGGCAAGACACAUGGAGUGUGUUAAUUUACCUGUGUUGUUCAACACGUCUCUUGCCUAUCUUCGAAAGAUGUUGUGCAAAGGGAUUUGGGUUGGAUAGAGUAGUUUUGAAUGAAUUAUCUCAGGGCCACACGGACAUUGAUCUCUAGCUGUAGCACAUGGACCAUGAAAUUGAAAUGAAUAAAUCCAUGAACCUGACAACCUAACACGCUCCGACUCGCGGGAUAUAGCUUUCAGCUACAUGUAUGUCCAUUGGUCACUAGUUAUGACCACGUUUAGACUUAUAAGGACCCAUGAACUGCGAUAGUAAUUAAUAAUAUCCGGGCACAUAUGGUACAAAUUAAAAGUCAGGAUAAA